AUGCUGAAACCAUCGACUUACGGAUCAGCAUGUGAGUUGAUUGCCGCAUCUGAAUUCUUUCACUGCAUAUUCAGAGUAUACCAUGAUGGUCAUUUACUGCAGAGCUUUGGUGUUGAGGGAACAGCAACUGAGUAUCAUAUACUGUUCUCUGGUAAUCUCAGUAGUGGACACUUUGAUGUUCUUGAGCCAACUCAUAAUACUGAAAAUGAUCAUGACUCAUCGACGAAGUUCAAUAUUGUCCUUGAAAAUAACCAUCAAAAGGCACCAGAAAUUCCACCCAAACCGUAUCGGAAAGCAGUUUCACAAUGCACUGAAAAUGAAGGGGUGAACUUUGAAUACAGCAUAGAACAAUCUAAAGCUAAACGGUUAAAGCAAAUUGCAACUUCACAACCUGUUGAAACUUCCAUCAGGAUAAGUCACAUUAGAGACAUUUUACAUGAUGAAAAAGAACUAGGCCUACUUGAGCAUGUAAAUCAAAAAACAAAUAAUUUUCAGUCUUAUGACAGUUACACGGAAAAUAUUGAACAACCCGAAAAUACAGCUAAACAAGACAAAUUAAAAUCAAAAAAGAAACGAACCAAGCGGAAAGGGCAAUUUUCCAAUGCACCACGUUCAAAACAACUGCGUGAUGCUGCAGCUAAAUAUAAAAUAACACACCCAGAAGUCAACAGAGCUGCUGUGGCGAAAUACACUCAGCAAAACCCGGAAGUCAAUCUUGCGGCUGUUGCCAAGUAUACUCAGCAAAACCCAGAAGUCAAUCGUGCGGCUGUUGCCAAGUAUACUCAGCAAAACCCGGAAGUCAAUCGUGCGGCUGUUGCCAAGUAUACUCAGCAAAAUCCAGAAGCACACCGAUUAGCUGUCGCGAAGUAUACAAAAAAUAAACCUGAAGUGAACCGGGCUGCUGUUUCAAAAUAUGAUAAAAAUCAUGAAAAGCGCCAGCAGCGUAAAAACAAGACGUGGUCUGCAAACGCAAACUCUGGAUUCCAAUAUGACCCUAAUAUUUGUUAUGAAUCGGAUAAAAUCAUUUCGUUAGGACCCAUGGAAGUUUUAUGCAAUCAUUGUAAAGCUCUAAAAUGGAAAAACGAAUCCAACGGAUUGUGUUGUGACAAUGGAAAAGUUUGUAUUAACCGCCUUGAAAAACGACCUGAACCUCUUCACAGCCUCAUUGUCGGUGGUCAUCCCGAAAGUGAACACUUCCUCAGCAACUCCAGAAAGUAUAAUAGUGCUUUCCAAAUGACUUCCUUUGGAGCUAAACAAAUUUAUGAAAGCGGCUUUAUGCCUACAUUUAAGGUACAAGGACAAGUAUACCAUUUAAUUGGUAGCCUGCUACCUUCAUCAAACAACGAUGAUCAUCAGUUUUUACAGCUAUAUUUUAUUGGCGAUGACAAUAAGGAAACAACUGCACGCUGUGACAAGGUCCCAGGAAUCAAACCAGCAUUAGUCCACAUGAUUCAAAACAUGCUUCAUAAUUUUAAUACUUAUGUUAUGGACUUUAAAUGCGCUAUUGAAAAUAUGUCAGAAGAUAGUAGUGAAUUCCAAGUCCUCAUUCAUGCUGAUAAAAAACCUACUAAUGCCCACAGGGGCAGGUACAAUGCACCGGUAUCAGGAGAAGUUGGUGCAGUGGUUGUUGGCCAAGAGUUUGGUAAGAGAGAUAUUUUAAUUAAGAGCAGGGACAAUAAACUUCAGCGCAUUUCAGAAACGCACAGGGCUUACGAUGCAUUGCAGUAUCCUCUAAUGUUCUGCUAUGGUGAAGAUGGCUAUUCCAUAUCCAUUUCUCAGUAUGACCCUGUUACAAAGACUCAUUUGCAGAAAACAGUUUCUGCUGCAAGCUAUUAUUGUUUUCGGUUAAUGGUUUUAAGUGAAGAAAUAAAUUACUUGCAUUAUUUCCGUGGCCUACUUAAUCAGUUCAUGGUUGACAUGUACGCCAAAAUUGAAACCGAGAGAUUAAACUUCAUUAGAAAUAAUCAGAAAAAACUUCGGGCUGAAAACUACGUUCACUUAAAAGAUGCAGUCGGGAAAGGUGAUACAAAUCCAGAAGACCUAGGACAAGCAGUGAUCUUGCCUUCAACAUUCACUGGUGGGGCGCGGUACAUGCACAAGCGGACACAGGACGCCAUGACCUACGUGCGGCACUAUGGAAGGCCAGAUCUGUUCAUCACAUUUACGUGUAACCCUAAGUGGGAUGAAAUAACUGAAAAUCUGUUUGAUGGACAAAAGCCUCAGGACCGCCAUGAUUUAAUCAGUCGUGUAUUUCACCUUAAAGUAAAAUCCAUGAUCAAUUUACUAACAAAGGUUGGCAUUUUUGGGCCGAGCUUAUGUUUCAUGUACACCAUCGAGUGGCAAAAGAGGGGACUACCCCAUGCCCAUAUCCUUCUAUGGUUGAAAACCAAAAUCAAGCCUGAAAAAAUCGAUCAAGUCAUUUGCGCUGAGAUACCAGACCCUGAAGCAGAUACAAAACUUCACAACAUUGUUAAAUCCACAAUGAUUCAUGGCCCUUGUGGUGACUUAAACAAGAAAUCACCGUGCAUGGUGAAGGGAUUGUGUAGCAAACAAUACCCUCGACCUCUUCUUAAAGAAACUCAGACUGGGGAUGAUGGUUACUCCAAGUACCGCAGACCUCAAAUGACGGUGGACAUACAGUCAAAAUUAGCAACAUGA